CUCUUAUUCACUUCUUUCAUCUGUCUGUUUCUGCUGGACGCCGAGCCGUGCCGAGCCGAGCCGAGCUAGACCUAAAGCCUUCCCGGUCACUAUGGAUAUUGCCAUCCAGCAUCCCUGGUUCAGACGCGCCAUGGGCUCCGGCUACCCCGGUCGACUCUUCGACCAGUUUUUCGGCGAGGGCAUGUUCGACUACGACCUCUUCCCCUACUCCGCCUCCACCAUCAGCCCCUACUACAGACAGUCCAUUUUCCGCAACUUUUUGGAUUCAUUCAACUCUGGCACAUCUGAGGUGAGGUCUGACAGGGAUAAGUUCACUGUCUACCUGGAUGUCAAACACUUCUCUCCUGAGGAACUCAACGUCAAAGUCACUGAUGAUUAUGUGGAGAUUCAAGGAAAACAUGGAGAGAGACAGGACGACCACGGCUACAUCUCCCGUGAGUUUCACCGCCGCUACCGCCUCCCCACCUCUGUCGACCAAUCGGCGAUCACCUGCACCCUGUCAGCUGACGGCCUGCUCACCGUAACCGGGCCAAAGGUCGGCGGGGGCAGCGAAUCGGGCCGCGGCGAGCGCAGCAUCCCCGUCACCCGUGACGAUAAGCCCAACGCCGCCGCCUCCUCUUAGAGGCCAGGUGGGCGGGGUCAAACGGGGCCCCACCCCCUUACUUCUUUUCUUUCCCCUUAGAGCAUAUCUGUGUCCUCAUCCACUCACAGUAUCAGUAGUAUCAGUGUUUCCAGUUUAACACAAAUACCCCAGUAACGAGGCGAGGGGCUGUUAGAUUUUUUAAUAAGGAGAAAGUUCAUCUAAAGACGAGACAGUCACAUGACCUGAUCCUUCCUUCCUUAAGCGUGCAGGUAAAUGUCACAUGACUUGUCUUAGAUCUUCUCUUAUCUUGUACUUGAUUAUAUCCUGUCCUUUUAGUCCAGGCCUUGUCGAGUGGGAACCCACUCAUGACUGAAGUUCAUACUAAAGAAAUAAA